GUGUGGUACGUGUAUAGCCUCAGGGUCGAUACGGCUUUGCAUACAGUAGUACAAAAUGCAGGCCACUACUGCUUCCACUACUGCUCGAAAAUUGCCUGGCGUCUUGAACAGCCUCUUCCCCUCACUCAGCCAGCACCAGCCCCAGCACCAGCACCAAUUCGAGGGUGGCAGUGGUGGAAGCAGUGAAAAGAGCAGCAGCAGCAGCGCCACCGAAAAGGGCACGUACAGCGGAGCCCGUCGCCGACGAUCAUCUGCUUCUUCGUUGGGCAUUCUGUCCGACAAUCCGGAGAGCAGCGCGGUCGAGGAGCUAGACUCGCUGGGGCCAGCCAAGGGCAAGGGAAGAAGCGUCAGCCAUAGCGAGCAAGAGACAUACAUACAGACGCCGCUGGUCUCGUCGCCAUCAACGGCUUGGGAGCGAAGGAAGAAGAGGGAGGACAAGCAGCUGGACUUGCUCGACACGUCGGCCUCUGCCCGUUCUUCAAGCCUGCCAGACAUCGACAUAACCUCACCGGUGUUGGACGGCGAAUCAAGCAGCACGCACACGCGCAGGUACACGCUCUGGCUCGACGACAGCCAAUUUCCUCCAAAGCAGCAGAGAAAGGCUGUCCCUGCCACAUCUGCGGACGACGAUCAGGGUGCCCCACCUCAUCAAAGCACGAAAAAGUCGCCCAGGCAGGCCCAGGCCAACUUGACAACCGACAGCGAGGCUGAAGACUGCCUCUUUGGAUUCCACUCGACACCAACUGCUCCGAGAAGGAGAACCGGUAAAAAGGGCAUAAUGCCGCGAUCGUCUUCCUCCCACGCAAAGGGCCGCAGCGAGCCUGGCGCCGCGCUGUCGACGUCGUCGUCUAAACGGCGCAAUUCCAAGCAGGAGGACAAAGUCCUUGAUCGCCACGAGCUCAUGCGAAGAGCCAUGGCCGAGGCCACGAGCGCCGACAUUGGGGCGCCGGACUCGCCCGACUCAGAGGGAUAUCAUGGCCCCUCAUUGGUUGUCGGCAAUGGCAACAGCAACGGUGGUCCAGUGUCUGUCCCCGCGGGUGCCGCUCCUGUCAACGCUGCGGCAGCAGUCACAGCGAUGAAGGCGAGUGGGAGCAACGGGAGCACGGUAUCGUCGAAUCUGGCCCAGCUCGACAAGCCGGGCGACGGCCACCUGACGUUUGACUCUUUUGUGAGGCCUGGCGAAGGCGAAUUCGUCGUGCAUGCCGACGCACCCGACGGCACCAAUGGCGAGGCCGAUGGUGCCUCUUCAACGACUGGUGGACCAGGACCUCCAAAGCGGCCGAAGAUGGGCAGUCGCAACAACUCCUUCCAGGGCGGCGAGCACAGGGGAGCCGCCGUCGACACUCCCACCGCCACGCACGACACCUUCCUCGCCGGUGGGCUGCCGGGCUCGACCCCAUCGUCUUCCAAUUCGAUCGACAAGAUCACAGGCCAUGCAAAGUACUCGACGACGGGCAGCCUCGUCGAACCAGCCAAAUCGAGGCAGACAUCGCUCGCUGUCCCAGGCUCCAAUGGCAUGCUCCAGGCCUCUCCAGAGGCGCAUCAGAUGCACCACUCGGCGACAACUGGCAACCUGACCCCAUCUCCCCUGAGCCGGUUCCGCAAGCUGAGCGACGCAGGUCUUUCGCCCAAUAAAAAGGGCUCGGGUGACAGCAGCAAAAAGACAGGCCCCGCCGGCGGUAUCGCGGGCGCGCUGGCAGCUAGCGGCAUGGCUGGCAUGGGUGUGGGCAACCAAGCGAUGCUUCAGCAGGGUCAGCAGGCCUUGGCCCAGCCCAAGAGCAUCUCUCCGCCUCAUCGUCGGGCGGGCUCGAGGCGGAACUCUAGCCUGGACGAUGACUUUGUCGCAGGCUACCAGGGCGGCGUUUACCGGGACCCUUCGACAGGCACCGUCAUUGAAAAGGGCCCCGACAGCGAGGACGAACGCGAGCAGCACGAGCGAAGGAUGCAGAUGAUGAGGUCCAGGAGCGCGACGGGCAGCACACUUUCGCUCGCCUCCUCGGAUCUCUCCAAUGCCUCGGGCCUGAAUGCUGCCGCCAACUUCUCGGCAGCCGUUGCUGCGCAGACGGGCGUCCAGGCUGGUCUCCUCACCCCCGACGUCUACGGCGUGCACAGCGAUCGGUCACCGAUGACACCUGACGGGAUGGGUGGUGUGGGAGGCCUGAGCCCUGGCGGCCAGGGUGAGCGAGUCUCGCUAGGCGAUGAUGCCGGUUGGCCGGGCGACAUGGGUGGCCAGAUCACCGGUUUUGCUGUCGCCAGCUCGAAGCGCAACGCAGAGUUCCACGCACUCUUUCCUACGGUGCCCGAAGACGACUACCUAAUCGAGGACUACGGCUGCGCACUUGUCCGCGAGAUCCUGAUCCAGGGUCGCUUCUACAUUUCCGAGAACCACGUCUGUUUCUAUGCGAGCAUCUUUGGCUGGGUCACCAACAUCGCGCUGCCCUUUUCAGAGAUCGUGUCCAUCGAAAAGCGUAUGACUGCCUUUGUCAUCCCAAACGCCAUCCAAGUAGCGACACUGCAUGCAAAGCACACCUUUGCCUCGUUCCUCUCUCGAGAUGCCACCUAUGACCUCAUUGUCAAUAUUUGGAAGCUCUCCCACCCCGACGUGCCCGUCGAUCCACAGCACCUCGACUUGCUCACCGACGGAGAAGAGUCGGUGGACGACCAGGCCGAGAUCGACAAGGCAGCGCAGGGCGACAAGUCAAAGGUGUCGAAGCGGGCCAGGCUCAAGAAGAAGCUUGGCGCAAAGCUCCGCGAAGGUACGAGAGACGACACGACACAGCCAGCGGGCGCUGAUGCCAAGGCUGGCAUUGCGCCCUCCAAAUCGCCUGGUCCAGGUGGAAAGCGACAACCACACCGAAAGACGUCAUGCCCCUGUGACAAGGACAAGAUGCACUUGUCCACAACGGUCCUCGACACGACCUACCCGGCCAUUCCCGAGAAGGUCUACAACCUCAUCUUUACGAGCGAAUUCAUGAAGGAUUUCUGGAGCAACGAUCAGAAGCUGUUGGAGUUGCAGGUGUCCGACUGGGCGCCUGGCGCCGGUAGCGGGAGCCAGAAGAUGCUGACGAGGAACAUUUCCUACAUCAAGCCCCUGGCGGGAGGCUUCGGGCCCAAGCAGACGAAGUGCGUCUUGACGGACGAGAAUAUCCACAUCGAUUUUGAUGACUACGUCACCGUUGUGACGACGACGAGAACACCGGAUGUUCCCUCAGGCGGCAGCUUCUGUGUCAAGACGAGGACGUGCUUCUCAUGGGCAGGUGGGAACGUGACGAAGGUCUUCGUUACUUGCCAGGUCGAGUGGAGCGGACGAAGCAUGAUCAAGGGCAUCAUCGACAAAGCCUCAAUCGAUGGGCAGAAGCAAUACUACAAGGACUUAGACGCAGCGAUUCGGCAGUAUGUCAAAGAUCAUGCUUCCGAGUUUAGAGAAGAGGGCGACGACGGGGAGGCCGCUGAGGUCACGGCUGAUGGUGCAGAGGCUGGGUCUGCGGUGGAGGAGAAAGAGAAUGGCACGCGCGAGGAAGAGACCGCUGCCGCUUCCUCGCUGGACGGUCUCAUGGGUCACCUGGGUGUGCUCAAAGAUGUGGCAAGUGGAGCGUUCGACAUGCUCUCCAAUAUCGCAGGAAUACUCGGAGAUGCACUGGGCGGCGCAAGCCCGUCGAUGCUUAUCCUUGGCUUUGUUGUAAUUCUCCUCGUCAUCUCCAACCUUUGGGCAUUUUCGUCGCCGGGCACGACACGAGAUCCUCUAGACCCACACCGUCUGAGGGAACCAGCCUCGAAUAGGUCGCCUUCUUCUCACCAGCACGAUAACCUUGGAGCAGGCCCGGAGGCCGUUGCUGGCGCGAUCCGCGAGGUGCUCAAGGAGUACUUUGAGCCGCACCACGCGCAUACUUCAGGCUCACGGGUCGUCGAGAACGCCCAGAGGCAGUCACCGAGGAGCCCCGUGGCGCCCAUCAAGCCAAGCGAGGAUCCCGUGGCCGAAGCCAGGGCGCUCGUCACCAUCCUGGACGAUGUCGAACAACGGUUGGCUGUGCUGAGGCAGCAGAUUGGCCAGCUCAGCGCGGCUGCCAAAGAGGAACUCUGACGAUGUUUUCAUACCCUUCCUUCUGCCUCUCAUCGCUUUGUUCAGGAAGGCCUGUCCGGCUUUUUACUUAAAGAUGGGAAGCUUUGCUGAUUGCAAUGCUGAGAUGCAAUGAAAAGGACUUGGCUA